ACAAUUAAUCACAAAGCGAUUCCCGUUCACAAAGCCAACACACCAGGCAGCAGUCCGCCGACCAAUCCAAGGAUUAUUUUCUACCAAGUUCUAGCCAAAACCCAAAAACCCAAACCCCAAAAUGUGCGCGAAAUACGUAUGUGUUGUGCUGCUGGCCAGCCUUGUGUGCGGUGCUUUGGCCCUGCCCUCGCAGGACUCCAGUGAGCGGGACCUGGUCAACAUGCUCAACCGCCUGGAUAGCGAGGAGUCGGUUUCUCUCUUCGGAGGACUGCGCAUCGACAGAUCCGAGACCGGCCGUAGCUUCGGAGCUGGCAACGCCGUCGAGUCCUUCGAGGAUCGUGCCGAACGCUACCUGGAGACCCACGAGCUGAACCUCUCCUUCUCUGGUGAUGAACAGGAAGAGAACUCUGAGAACGAGUACACCGGACGUGCCAUGGAGGAGUCUCGCAGCAAGCGCAUGAAGAAGAUGCUCCUGCCCCUCCUGCUGGCCCUGAAGCUGAAGAAGGCCGUGGUCGUCAAGGUCCUGUUCACCAUCAUCAAGUUCAUCUCCCUGAAGGCUCUGGCUAUCUCCUUCCUCGCCCUCAUCCUGGCUGGUGCCACCUUCUUCAAGGAUCUGUUGGCCAAGAAGAAGGAACACAUCACUACUGCCUACAUCACUGGCAGCCCCCUGAACGCCGACAUCGUCCACUCCGACUGGAGCCGCAACGGUCAGGCUGGUGCCGCUGAUCUGGCCUACAACCAUUACGGCCUGGCCCAGCCCUUCUAAGCCGGACCUUGAGCUCACUUGAUCCAUCCAUCCCACGCUAAACUAUCUGCUAUAUCUUACCCUACCAAAGCUUCACUAUCCUUCUUCACUCUCACCUUUCACCUUCGACCUGCCCACCUCUUUCCCCAAUCUAAGCUAUCCUGAUACUUUCCCUUCAUUCCUCUAAGACUUCACCCUGAAGAAUGGCUUAAUUCGUAGUCAAUAAUUAUUUAGUUACAUUUAGUUAGUUAGCUGCGACAUACCAAAAACAAAACAAAAAAAUUACAAAAAAAGAGAACAAUUGUAAAGGUCCCGCGACCCAUGGCUAGCUCAGGACAAUUCUUAAGGAUAAAAAAUCAAUCACGAUUGCGCCAUAUUUAUUGCACAUUUCCACAAUCCACAGUCUCUUGGCGGAUGUUAAUGUCACUCAGGUUUAUCGAAAGCAAAAACAACGAAGAUUAUGCCUGCUAAAGAGCUUACUUACUAAGUAUUUAUUCAGAUAACUUAAAGCAAUUGAAUAAAAAUGAUUCAUCAAAUGCAAAAACAA